AUGGUGACGCUCCACGUGAAGACGACGGCAGGGACCAAGCUGGACGUGGAUGUGACGCUCGAGAGCUUGGUCCUGCAGUGCAAGGAGGCUCUUGUGGUGCUCACAGAAGUGCCCACGUCUCUCCAGCGUCUCAUUUACAAGGGCAAAGUACUCAAGGACGACCAGACGCUCGUGAGCUACGGGAUCCAGGCAGAAGACACGAUUUACUUUGUCAAGGGGUCAGCACGUACCCGUCCAGCAGAUGCUUCGGCUGCAGCAGCAGUUCCAGAUGCAGCAUCUUCUUUUUCUGCUGCUGCUGCUGCUGCUACUCCAGUUCCAGCUCCAGCUCUAGGUGGUGACCCAUUUAAUUUUGCAUCAAUGGCGGGUUUUACAGGCACUGGGACUGGCAAUUUAUUCGGAAACUUGAUGGGAAAUGGAGGAAGCGCUGCAGACAUGCAACAGAUGCAGCAGCAGAUGAUGGAGAACCCCGAGAUGGUGCGCCAGAUGAUGGACUCGCCUAUGAUGCAGAAUAUCCUCAGCAAUCCUGAGGUGAUGCGCACGGUGAUGCAGAGUAACCCGGCUAUGCAGCAGUUGAUGGAGCAAAACCCGCAGCUUAACCACAUUAUGAACGAUCCGGAACUGCUGCGGCAGAGCAUGGAGGCGAUGCGCAACCCUGCGGCGAUGCGGGAAAUGAUGCGAAACCAAGACACGGCACUGCGAAACAUUGAGAGCCAUCCUGAGGGAUUUAACGCGUUGCGACGCAUGUAUCACGACGUGCAGGAGCCUCUGAUGGAUGCUGCGGCUAAUGGAACGCCAGCACCGCGUGGACCGGCCUUUCCCAUGCCAGGUGUAGCUGGUGGAAGCCAUACUACCAGCUCGACUUCGACAACAAAUCCUGGUGCUGCUUUUAAUCCAUGGGCUACUUUAGGUGGUGCUGGUGGUGCUGCGUCUACCAAUAGCAGUAGUACUGCUGCUGCUGCUGGAGCUGCUGCAAAUCCGUGGAGUACCGGCUUAGGCGGUAUGGCUAACCUUGGGAGCACGGGAGGAAUAGGCGACUUGGGCGGUCUAGGCAGUAAUCCAGAGGCGAUGGCGCAAAUGAUGCAGAGUCCCCUGUUUCAAGCAGCGCUGGAUCAGGUUGCGAAUAACCCCGAACAGUUUCUCGCGCAGAUGGAGGCGAUGAAUCCGCAGAUGGCAGCUAUGAUGGGCGCGAAUCCGCAGAUGCGACAAAUGAUGUCAAACCCCGAGUUUCUACGUCAAGCUAUGAACCCGCAGAACCUGCAGGCGAUGACGCAAAUGCAAAAUGCAAUGAAUCAACUGCGUGGAUCUGGACUUUUACCAGGUCUCGAAGGCACGAACUUUGGCCCGCCUGGUGGUGCCACGACUGCGGUCAAUCCGUUUGCGAUGUUUAGUGGUGCGGCCGCGAUUCCAAACAUCUCGGCAGCAUCGGCAGGCAAUCCAGAAGAGGUGUACGCGUCGCAGUUGACGCAACUCAGCGACAUGGGCUUUUCCAAUCGCGAGCAGAACGUUCGUGCUUUACAAGCCACACUAGGCAACGUCCAAGCCGCGGUCGACCGUCUUCUCGGUGGUGGUCCCAUGUAG